GCGGAAACAGUGCAGUAUAGUGGAAUGAUAAAUCUCUCUGCACAUAUUAAUGGCUUAACAGCUCAGGCAAAGCCAGUUCACAGCGAUAAGAAGCGCUAUUAAAACCUGAUGAAUAUGAGUCACUCAAACUGCAGUGUGAACGGAGGCGUGGGUCCAACUGUAGCACGCAGGCAGCGGCACUCUCAUCUCUGCCAGCACUGACUCCUCCACUGCAGCUCAUGAUCGCCUUCAUCAGCGCGUCGCCUGUUUCUGUGGAGGUGGAGUAGUCAUGACAGCCUCAAACACUGGCCAGCACCCCACCACCGCCGCCUCCUGUUCUUCUUACAACGCGUGGUAGACUGAUGCGCAUUGCUGUGCCUUUUCUGGUUUUUUCUUCCGGCGUUGUUUUUGUUUGUGUCCCGCAGUGACCAUCGACUGACUGCUGGAUUGCAGCGAGUUAGCUCUGUGUACCCAGACAACCCAGGCAUGUCAUCUGUAUCGACUGGAAACUGCGUUGAAAUUCGCUUUACUACUUGAGGGAAUCCAAGUUGCGGUAAUGGAGGCUUCGCGGAAUGACGGGGCUCUCACAUACUUAGGGAAAACUGACGAAAGAGACAGUUAUUGUGAUCUGGAACAUCUGCCUCCUCUGCUGGAAGACGAGGAGAAUGUGUCUCUGGCAGACAUUCUUUCUUUGCGGGACAGCUGUCUGUCUGAGGAUGAAGUGUGGGCGGUGUGUGUGGAGUGUGUCCUGGCCCUGCAGAGCAUCAGACCCUCCCACCUCUUCCACAACCUUUGUAUCACACCAGACACUCUGGCCUUCAACGCCCAUGGGAACGUUUGCUUUGUGGAGCAGCUCAGCGAUGAUCCAGAAGGGUCCUUUGUACCUCCUGAGUUUGACAACACAGGCAGCACAUUUGAGGGCCAUGUUUACUCUCUGGGAUCUACACUUUCUGCUGCGCUGAGCUUUAUCAUUGAGCCAGAGCUGGAGGCUGAGCUGGGGGAAGAAAUCCAGAAGUUGUUGGAACAAAUGCAGGAGGAGAAGCCUGAGGACAGGCCACUGCUGCAGGACAUCCUGUCUCUGGCUGAGGCACAGCUGUCUCAUACCUCCUCUGCAGCUGUGUGCCGGAAACUGUCUUCAGCUGGGCGACGGAUGCUCUCCAUUGAAUCACUUUCAACUUUUCAAGAUGGACAGGAAUGCUCUUGGGAGGCGAGAUGGCAGCAGCCCAAACCCAGAUGCCUGCUUAAAAGACUUAGCUUGAAUGACAACACCAAAGAUUUGUGCAGUGACAGUUCUGUUAAGGCGAAUGGUCUGUCCAGGCAACAGGUGUGCAGGGGCUGGGAUUCUUCUCUCUGGGCUGAGGAUAUGGACAGCAGUGAAGACGAUGGCAUAAUCUUUGCAGAUGAGAUGGACCUCAGGUCACACAACAGCUCCCCAGUGAGGAGGAGAGCUCAGCAGAGGCUGAACAGAGUGAGGGGGGCUCUCAACCGCUCCUGUUCCAUCCCAGACUCCAACAACCCUCCGUGUCUUUCCCCUCCAGCACACGGAAAUAUCAGUAUACCUGUAUCGGACCUCACUGAGAUAGGAGCAGAUGAACACUGGAGCUGCAAGCCUGUGUGGAGAAACAGGUUUCAUCGAUUCAACAGGGGCAGGUCCUGUGAAUCCUGCCCACACAGUAGCACUGAGGAUUAUGUGGACUCAGUUGUGGACAAUCAGAUGUCACAAGAAAACAGGGAUGAGACUUUGUGCAGUGGCGAAACAAAAAUUCAAGAAUGCCAUGAAAGUGAUUCUAAUGACUGUAUCCAGGUCUUAGCAUCUACCUGUACUUCCUGUCAGGACCUGGAAAAGGAACAGGACUCUUCUGGAGACCAGAGCCCACUGAGCCAUAACCUCUACAUUCCUAAUAACCACAUGACCAAGAGUAUGCUGUGCCUGAAUGAAGAAUCCCAGGAUGAGUGGAUCUCGCUAAGAGAGUUACUUACUCGUUCUGGACUGAGACUGACAGUAAAUGAGCUGUGGGCUCUGUGUUACACCUGCCUGUCCUCACUGCAGACCUACAUUGACUUUCCAGCAUAUUUUUGCCUCGACACAGUGUAUGUGGGCUGCGAGGGAGAAGUGCUCUUCUUGAAACCUAAAACCAUAGGUAAGUUUACUUUGCUGUGCUCUCGCUCUGUGCUGCUGUAA